AUGGUCAAAUUCCUCCCUGGCAUCUCCGGCGACCGCCGCCGAAACUCAGGCGAAUCACCACCUCCCGACACCAAUCUCCACUCCUCUUCCUCCUCUUCCUCCUCACUUUCCUUGCAAACAAGCCUCCCCUCCAUCCCUUUCCCGGCCUCCAACACCACCGCCCGCCACCAUUGCUCCGCCACCAUCCGCGCCCACUCCUCCUACGUCUUCUCCCUCGCUAUCUCCGGAAAUCUCCUCCUCUCCGCCUCCUCCUCCGGCGACCUCCGCGCCUGGGACCUCCUCCACCCCAACAACCACCACUCCUCCUCCUCCGCUUCCGCCCCCUCCCACAGCGCCGUCAAAUCCAUCGCCGUCCUCCACGACGGCCACCGCUUUUUCACCGCCCACCAUGACCACAAAAUCCGCGCCUGGAAAAUCCAAACCCACAACAUCAACAAUAACAAAAAUAGCAAAUACAAAAGAAUUUAUUUCAAUACAAUUCAAACCCAUAACAACAUAACCACUAACAAAACCACCACCACCACCAACAACAACAAAUCGAAAACAACCGAUUUGAAGCUAAUUACUACUCUACCCACGGCUUGGGACCGGUGGUUCAUGAACAUCUUCUCGGCGAAAAACUACGUGGAGAUCCGGCGACACAAAAAAUGCGCGUGGGUCCGCCAUGCGGACGCCGUGUCGGGACUCGCCCUCUCGCCCGACGGCCUACGCCUCUACUCCGUCUCGUGGGACCGCUCGAUCAAGGUGUGGCGAGCGAGUGGUGGAUUCCGCUGCGCGGAGUCCGUCCCGAACGCGCACGACGACGCCAUCAACGCCGUCGUCUGCUCCCCCGACGGGCUCGUUUUCACGGGCUCGGCAGACAAGACGAUCAAAGUGUGGAAACGAAAUGAUGAUAGUAAUAAGGGAAGGCACGUGCCAGUAAGCAUGCUCGAGGGGCACAAGUCGGCAGUGAACGCGUUGGCUUUGAACGAAAACGGGUCGGUUCUUUACUCGGGCGGGUGUGACCGAUCGGUUAUAGUUUGGGAGAGGAAGGAUAAUGAAGGUGGGGUGGUUAUGGUGGUGGCCGGAAAGUUGAGGGGUCACCGGAAAGCGAUUCUUUGCCUGGCGGCGGUUGGGGAUUUGGUUUGCAGUGGGUCGGCGGAUAAGACGGUGAGGGUAUGGAGGAAGCUGCCGGAGAGUGGCGGUGGCAGUGGUGGUUAUUCGUGUCUGGCGGUGUUGGAAGGGCAUUUGGGUCCUGUUAAGUGUCUUGCGGCGAGUCGGGAUUUUAACGACGACAGUAAAAACGACGAGGGUAAAAAUGAUGACGGGAAGUUGUACCGAGUUUACAGCGGCGGCCUGGAUUUUGAUAUCAAGGUGUGGGAAAUUUGGCCUCCUCCUUAA